ACUGGCUUCCGGGCCCGGCCCGCGGCCCUCGGUCCACAGCGCUCAUCUGCACGCUCUCUCCGGAACGCGCUACCUUCUAGCGGUCGCUGAGAAGAGGCGCUCCACCGUGCCUGGGUUGUGGACGUUUCCUCCUCGAGGCCACGUGAGCCGACCCGCGCUCCAGGUGCCCCGGGGCUGCCGUCGCCCCCAGUCCGGGAGAAGAGGAGACGGGAUGGGGAGGGGACCGGGCGGAGCUGCCGCUGGGGGCAGCGGAGGGAGAAAUUGCUUCCCUCUUCCAUUAUCGCCCUUCCUCGACACGGAUCUGGAUGAGGCUGGCGUUCACGGUGCGGACCAUGCACACGUUGCGAGUGGAUGGGGAUCAGAUGCGCUUGGGGUAUGGGUGGAUGGCUGCAUUGACUGGUCAGUGGAUCUCAAGACAUACAUGGCUUUGGCAGGUGAACCAGUACGAGUGAAAUGUGCCCUUUUCUACAGUUAUAUUCGCACCAACUAUAGCAUGGCCCAGAGCACUGGGCUCAGGCUUAUGUGGUACAAAAACAAAGGUGAUUUGGAAGAGCCCAUCAUCUUUUCAGAGGUCAGGAUGAGCAAAGAAGAAGAUUCAAUAUGGUUUCACUCAGCUGAGGCACAAGACAGUGGAUUCUACACUUGUGUUUUAAGAAACUCAACAUAUUGCAUGAAGGUGUCAAUGUCCUUGACUGUUGCAGAGAAUGAAUCGGGCCUGUGCUACAAUAGCAGGAUACGUUAUUUACAAAAAUCUGAAGUCACUAAAAGAAAGGAGAUCUCCUGCCCAGACAUGGAUGACUUUAAAAAGUCCGAUCAGGAGCCUGAUGUUGUGUGGUACAAGGAAUGCAAGCCCAAAAUGUGGAGAAGUAUAAUAAUACAGAAAGGAAAUGCUCUUCUAAUCCAAGAAGUUCAAGAAGAAGAUGGAGGAAAUUACACUUGUGAACUAAAGUAUGAAGGAAAACUUAUAAGACGAACAACUGAAUUGAAAGUUACAGCUUUACUCACAGACAAGCCUCCCAAGCCAUUGUUCCCCAUGGAGAAUCAGCCAAGUGUUAUAGAUGUCCAGCUGGGUAAGCCUCUGAACAUCCCUUGCAAAGCGUUCUUUGGAUUCAGUGGAGAGUCCGGACCAAUGAUCUACUGGAUGAAAGGGGAGAAGUUUAUUGAAGAACUGGCAGGUCACAUUAGAGAAGGUGAAAUAAGGCUCCUCAAAGAACAUCUUGGAGAAAAAGAAGUUGAAUUGGCACUCAUCUUUGAUUCAGUGGUAGAGGCUGACCUGGCAAAUUAUACCUGCCAUGUGGAAAACCGAAAUGGACGGAAACAUGCCAGUGUUCUGUUGCGUAAAAAGGAUUUAAUCUACAAAAUUGAACUUGCAGGAGGCCUGGGAGCAAUCUUCCUCCUCCUUGUACUGCUUAUGGUCAUCUACAAAUGCUACAAUACUGAAUUGAUGCUCUUCUACCGACAGCAUUUUGGAAGUGAUGAAACUACCAAUGACAAUAAGGAAUAUGAUGCCUAUCUGUCUUAUACAAAAGUGGACCAAGAUACUUUAGACUGUGACAAUCCUGAAGAAGAGCAGUUUGCUCUUGAAAUACUGCCAGAUGUCCUGGAAAAACACUAUGGAUAUAAACUCUUCAUCCCAGAAAGGGACCUGAUUCCAAGUGGAAAUCCAACCUCUAAUGAUGAAGCUUCCCACAUAACUUCUUUCUUUUUGGGAGCAGGAAGAAAGGAAGAAAAUGAAGAGUCAGAGCUGUUGAUACAUUGGGAUAAAAUUUUUCCACUUUAUUGAAACUUUCUACCUUUCCUUCCAUUCUGUUUCACCAGUUCUCUAAGUGAUAAUUACAGAGUGAUAACUUCCCCAUUGCUGCUCGUGUGAUGUUUUUAUUUUGCUUUGUUUGUUUGUUUUUAUUUAUUUUAUUUGUUUUAGAUUUCAAUGCUGAUUUUUUCCCUGAAUAAAUAAUCUCUUUAAAUUCUUAAGAGGUUCCCACUCCACUUAGAAGUUGCCUUACAAAUAUUCAUUGUAACUACUGCAUGAGAAAGUCCUAAAAUGUAUUAAGUAAAAACCAAAACAACAGUAACAACAAAUUGUUAAGUGGGCAAUUUUAUGUGUAUCUCUUAAAAAGUUUUUUGUUUAUCUAUAGGGUGUGUAGAAAGUUUACUCAUUUUCACUUGUGAAAAUGUUCUUGCUGCCUAGUGGUGGAAAUAAAACCCUGGAAAAGAGACAUAUCUGUAAAAUAUGCAUCUGUAAAAUAAGUUUCUCUUUUCAAAUGGCUUGUACUGGGCUGUUUGGUGGCCCCACACUAUGUACUGGACGUGACUUCUUGAAAGCAGUCUGUAACCUUGGGCAGGUUUGCAGUGACAAAUGUUGCUAUGCUUCUGUAAGCACUGCUUCUGCUAGAGGGCACUGUACAUUAGACAAGGCCUUGUGCUCUACUUAGUAAAGACAGCUCUCUGUUGCUGCACCUGUGUCCAAGUCUCCAUUUGUUAACACAUGUGUGUGUUUCCCUUUUUGGCGGAUAAGACUUUGGGAAGCAUGAUUGCAAAAGGAUUAUUCUGUGGAAUAAAUAAAUCUAGAAUUAGUUGAGUGUUUUUCUACCAUGAAAGGACUAUAACAUAUUCACCUCACUCGCAGAAUUGCUCCACAAAGUAGGGCAAAGA